CUAACGGUCCAGCGGUUGCCACGCUUUUUUCCCGAGAGGCCCUAAGCUAGUCCUCCGCCCGACACUUUUGGAAGCCUAAAACCAAAUCUGUAAACUUCGUUCUACAAUUCUUCAUCAAUGGCGAAUUUGUCCAUCCAUCAAGAGUCAUGCCCUUCAAUAAAGAACCUUCUUCUUUUGGAUUCCGAGGGUAAGCGUGUGGCCGUCAAAUACUAUUCCGAUGAUUGGCCAACAAACAGCGCGAAGUUAGCUUUUGAAAAAUCUAUCUUCACUAAAACUCAAAAGACAAAUGCUCGGAAUGAAGCGGAGAUAGCAAUGUUUGAGAGCAGCAUUGUUGUCUAUAAGUUUGUCCAGGACCUGCACUUUUUUGUGACUGGUGGUGAUGAUGAAAAUGAACUAAUCUUAGCAGCUGUUCUUCAGGCAUUCUCUGAUGCUGUUACUCUCCUCCUCAGGAAUAAUGUUGACAAAAGGGAGGCUCUGGAGAACUUGGAUCUCAUUCUUUUAUGCCUUGAUGAGAUUGUUGAUGGGGGGAUGAUUCUUGAAACAGAUCCCCUUGUUAUUGAAGGGAAAGUAGCUAUUCAUAGCUUGGAUGCUGUUGCACCGUUGUCUGAGCAGACUAUAACUCAAGCAUUGGCCACUGCACGUGUACAGUUUGCAAGAUCUCUUCUGAGCUGAUGCAUCUUAGUUCUCAAGACGAAACGCGUUGGCCUUUUCCCCCCAAGUUUCUUUGGUCUUGAUUAUUUUUUAUCGCAUUGACCACAUUUGUUCAUUCAUUGUUAUCUUGUUGGUUGAUGAUAAUCAUGCACUAGGGCUUUUUUAUGGGCUCGUUUGUGCAUUCAAUAAUUGAGUUGCUUGGAGAUUUUGCCGUUCA